AUGAUGUUCUACAAUGAUAAAAAAUUAAUGAAUGUAAUAUGUGAGAUAAGUGAAAUAAAGUCAAUGAAAGUAGCUGUUAAAUCAUCUCUUCAAUCUGGAAUUGUAGUUGGUACUGCCGCGGCCGUUGGCGGUCUUCUUCUUGGUCCACGUGGCAUUGCAAUUGGAAGUAUACUUGGUGGUCUUGGCACUUCGUUUGCGAUGGAGGGACAAUUCAAACCUGUUCCUGAAAUUUUAAAAAACGAUCUAACUGAAAAACAGAAAAAUGAAUUGAUGAAAGCAGUAAGAAAUUUACUAACCGCCAAGAAUAUUAUGACUCUAUCAAUGUUGAUAACUGAAAAAGGUGUCCUAGAGGCUCUUGUAAAAUUAAUACGUAACUUAUUAAAAACACUAAACUAUGAUUUAUAA